AUGAAGUUGUCCAUCCCUCUAUUGUCUCUAGCUGCUACCUCCGUUCUAGCCGCUCCAGCCGUUGUCACUGUCACCGAAGUUGCUCACGAACACGAUGUCAAGACCGUCCGCGGUGUUGUCUACGUGCAAGGUGGUGAAACAAAGACCAGCUACACCACUUUGGAUGACUCCACUCCAACUAGUGUAGCAGAACCAGUUCAAGAGAACCAAGUUCAAAACAACGCUCAAGCACCAGCUCCAUCUUCCUCUUCUUCCCCAACUCCAGCUCCAGCCCCAGCUGCUUCUCCAUCCUCUUCUUCCCCAGCUGCCGCAUCCCCAUCCCCAUCUCCAUCUCCAGCUCAAGACUCAAACUUGUCUGACUUUGCCAAGAGUAUGUUGAACGAACACAACAUCAAGAGAGCUUUGCACCAAGACACCAACCCAUUGACUUGGUCUGAUGAAUUGGCCCAAUACGCUCAAAACUAUGCUAACAACUACGACUGUUCCGGUAACUUGGUCCACUCUGGUGGUCCAUACGGUGAAAACUUGGCCAUUGGUUACUCUCCAGUCGGUUCCGUCGAUGCUUGGUACGAUGAGAUCAAGGACUACAACUACGCCAACCCAGGUUUCUCCGAGUCUACUGGUCACUUCACUCAAGUCGUCUGGAAGUCUUCCACUAAGGUCGGUUGUGCUGUCAAGUCCUGUGGUGGUGUCUGGGGUGACUAUGUCAUUUGCUCUUACGACCCAGCUGGUAACUUCCUUGGUGAAUUUGCACAAAAUGUUGCUCCUUUGAAAUAA